AUGCCGUUUCGGACUGGUUUCAGCAUGAUUGUGAUUGUGCGGGACUUUUCUUUAGUGGGGGAGUGUAUUGAGGAAGUUCUCUCUGUAAUCAAGCCGACGGAGGACGAUCGAAACAAACGUCUGGAAACAAUUCAAGAGUUUGUGAAUUCCAUCUAUUCAGCUGCUGAUUUGGGAGGUAGCUCUGUCAAACCUUUUGGAUCCUUCGCAUCAAAUCUUUAUGCAAAAUCAGGUGAUUUGGAUGUAUCGGUUGAGCUGUCAAAUGACCCUGACUCCCUUACAACCAAGAAAAAGAAGCAAGCCUUGAGAGUCAAAAGAAUAAAUGCCUUGAGUGAAGUAAGGAGAGUUUUACAAAUCAAAGGUGUUGCUAGGGAUGUGCAGUUCAUUCCUACUGCAAGGGUUCCAGUUCUUAGUUAUGUGAGCAACAAAUUUGGCAUUUCCUGUGAUAUAUCCAUCGAUAACUACCCUGGUCGAAUUAAAUCCAGAGUGCUAUACUGGCUCAAUACUCUAGAUAAGCGCUUUGGUGAUAUGGUUUUGUUGGUCAAGGAAUGGGCAAAAGCUCAAAACAUUAAUGAUCCAAAAAACGGAACCCUGAACUCAUAUUCGCUUUUCUUACUUGUCAUCUUUUAUUUCCAGACUUGUACGCCUGCAAUUUUUCCACCUAUGAACGAGUUUUUUGAUGUGGACGAUCCAGCAGGCGAGACAAAAUUGGCUUGUUUGUGA